AAACUGUGCAAAAUAAUUGUAAUUUAUUUUCGCCUGGUCUUAUUUCGCCACUUGCUUUCGUUGUCAACACAAACAAAACACCAUGUGAUUAACAAACUAAUAUCGUAUGUGAUCAAAGAUUAAUAUAAGGCUUCUCCGCACGGCAGUCAUUAGUUUGGGGAAUUAAUAUUUUCUCUCUGAAACGGUUUCCAUGGUUAUAUUGUGCUUCAUAUUAAUGAAAAAGUUGAUAUAAAAUUUCCAUCAUUAAUAACGCCAUAUACAAACAGGUAGCCUGUUUUCCUGAAUUCUUUCAUGUUAUUAAAUUAAUGUUUGAUGUGAGAUGGGUGUAAUCGAAAAUCAUAUAUACAUGUCGCUUGAGAUAGGAUGACACCUGCACGUACCUGUCUUGCAGUUCCAGAAAUAUUGAUACUGCCACGCCCUGUCACCUAGGAAACAAAAUUAUGAUCGAUUUGCAGAAUUCUAACAUGUGAUAUAGUAUUGGAUUUCUGUCAUGUAAUCCUGAUAUGGAUACGGAGUGGAUUUUUCUUCCGUACUGUCGUUUUCUUUUUAUGCUAGAUUUAAGUCUCAAAUACUAGUAAUCAAAAAUUCAAAAAUAUUAAACAGCUUUUUUUACCAUGUCUGCAGAGGACGAUUUCCACGCCAUAGUGAUAGAUAAUGGAUCUGGACUUUGUAAGGCUGGUUUUGCCGGCGACGACGCCCCGACUUGUGUGUUUCCUUGUAUCGUGGGACGCCCAAAACACCAGGGAGUGAUGGUGGGUGUGGCUCACAGAGAUACCUACGUGGGUGAAGAAGCACAAAGUAUGAGAGGCGUACUCUCUUUGAAGUACCCUAUAGAUCACGGUAUAGUCACAGACUGGGACGAUAUGGAGAGGAUAUGGCAUCACACUUUCUACAAUGAACUCCGGGUGUCACCAGAGGAGAAACCAGUACUAGUAACCGAGGCGCCAAUGAAUCCAAAGACAAAUCGUGAGAAGAUGAUGGAGAUACUCUUUGAGAAGUUUAAUGUUCCGACAUUUUAUGUUGCUAUACAAGCAGUUUUGUCGCUGUAUGCAUCUGGCCGUACCACAGGAAUCGUGCUUGAUUCAGGAGAUGGUGUCACUCACACCGUGCCUAUAUACGAAGGUUAUGCUCUUCCGCAUGCUGUUCUGCGUAUUGACCUUGCUGGUCGUGAUUUGACAGAUUAUUUAAUGAAAAUACUAACGGAAAGAGGAUAUUCAUUUACUACAUCAGCUGAGAGAGAAAUUGUCAGAGAUAUAAAAGAGAAGCUUUGUUAUGUUGCACCUGAUUUUGAUGAGCAUUUGAAAAUUGCGGCCAGUACACUGGACCUAGAGAAAACGUAUGAACUUCCCGACGGACAAAUAAUCACUGUCGGUAAUGAAAGGUUCCGAUGUCCGGAAAUCAUGUUUCAACCGUCAUUUAUCGGUACGGAGAUGCCAGGCCUCCAUGAAUCUCUUUAUAACUCCAUAGUGAAAUGUGACGUAGAUCUUCGAAAAGAUUUAUACGCGAAUAUAGUUCUGUCCGGUGGAUCCACCGCCUUUUCAGGUAUAGCUGACCGGAUGUUGAAGGAAGUGACGCAUAUAGCGCCACUUACAACUAAGGUUAGAGUUGUGGCCCCUCCCGAGCGGAAGUACUCUGUUUGGAUUGGAGGAUCUAUACUAGCCUCGUUAUCAUCGUUCUGCAAUAUGUGGAUAACCAGAGAGGAAUUCGAAGAAGGUGGUCUCACCAUAGUGCACAAAAAGUGCUUUUAGUGUGGACAGUUACUAUGUUGUUAGGUCGUGCACAUUUUGCUCACGUUGCGUUAAACAAGGUCGUCAUUUUUGUGUAAACUAAUUGUGUUAUUGAAAUUGUGUUUUUUUCCCCUUAUUAGAUAUAUACAUGUAUGUUUUCUAACAUAUAUAUUAAAUAACAGAUCCAAAUAAAAACCGUGCAUUCCUGUUGGAGAUGCUGCUCGAUACCAGAGUGAAUAUUGUUAUCAAUAUUUUUCUGCACAUUUCACCAUUGUCGAUGAAAUGUUUCGUAUUCUUUUAUUUGCAACUUAGGUUAUUCUUGUUGCAACGUGCAAAUGUGUGCUCUUUUUCUUCUUUUCAAUAUGCUAUAUGAUUCACCAAAACCUAUUUCUUUUUGUUUGAAAAGAACCUUAUUAAUGUCAUGAGGAAAGAAAACUAAUCGCGUCAAACUACAACCCUUGGGGAAUAACUUUUAUUCAACUGAAGUUUUGAAUUACAUAAA